AUGCAGCGACGGCUCAGCUCGGCCACGUGUGCUUCCCAGUGCGUCACUUUUCGCCGCCGCUGCGCCAGGUACGACGCCCGCGGUCAGCUCGGUGGCUCGACAGGCGCUCACUGGGUGAACGGUGAGGCCGGCAGUCGACUGGAGUUCGACCCGACGGCUCGGCCGGCCAUUCUGCGCAUCUCCGCCGUCAGCAGGGCCGACGCAGGCGUCUACCGGUGCCGCGUGGACUACGUGCAGGCGCCCACACGCAACCCGCGAGUCAACCUCACCGUGGUCGUACCUCCCAGGACGCCGGUGAUCUUUGAUGAGCUCGGGCGACAGACUGUGGAUGACCGAAUCGGACCCUACCGGGAGGGUCAGGCUGUCAACGUGACCUGCGCAGUGUUCGAAGGCUGGCCGGCGCCGGCGGUCACCUGGUACCGGGACGAUUCACCGGUGACGGGCUCCUGGUUCCGAGCUGUGGACGGCUCCUCCCGCAGUGAGCUCGCUCUGGGACCGCUCACCAGAGCCGACCUCGGGUCGAGGGUCACCUGUCAGACCACCUACCACGCCAGCAGUCCGCCCAAAACGGCCACCGCCGCCAUCGACAUGAUCCUGCCGCCGCUGGGUAUCUCCAUGCUGGGGGACAGCUCGCCACUGUCUGCCGGUCAGCCGUCGGAGGUCACCUGUCGAGUGGUGGGGUCACGGCCCGCGCCCGAGGUCACCUGGUGGCUGAACGGGCUGCAGCUGCGCCAGCACACGGCCGUGCCGGUACCGGACGGCACGCCGGGAGCCGGCGACGUGGCGCUCUCCACGCUGACGUUUACGCCGCAGGUGAAGGACGACGGCCUGCGACUGCGCUGCCAGGCGGUGAACCCUCACCUGCGCCGCGUCACUGCCGAGGACGGCCGCGUCAUCACCGUUCACUAUCCACCGAUUGUGACGCUGACCUCGUGGCCCCGGGACAACACUUCUGUGGGAGACACAGUGCGCAUGCGCUGUAACAUCAGCGCCAACCCGGGCAUCACUGACGUCACCUGGCGACAUGACGGUAGCCGGGUGACCAGCUCCACCAGUGACGUCACCGUAAGGAACGACACACUGCUGCUGCGCCGGCUGCGUCCGUCCGAUGCGGGAAUGUACACGUGCUCGGCUACCAACAGUCAGGGUUCUGUGACCAGUAACGCCAUCAGCCUGCAGGUCCAGCACCGUCCGAUGUGUCGCACUCCGCGCAGAACGUCCCAGCCGGCCAGUCGCGGUCCCUCGACCAACGUGACGUGUCCAGUGGCGGCCCACCCGCCGGCCCGGCGGUACCGGUGGGCGCUGUCCAGCGACCGCCUCGGUACCGUGCCGGACCUGAGUGGGGCUCUGCUCAAUGUGAGCACGGCCACCAUCGCUGUGCCGGUGUCCGUGGAGAACCCGCUGCCGACCCUUCUCUGCUGGGCGACCAACGCGCUGGGCGAGCAGUAUAAACCGUGCGUCAUCAACCUUUCGCCGGCAGAGGCGGCCAGCCGGCCGUGGCGGCCUCAGCAGUGCGGGGUCACCGGUCGGUCCGCCGACUCCAUCCGACUGACCUGUGUGCCGGGUCACGACGGUGGUCGGAGACAGACCUUCCACGUGGAGGUGUUCCGGGCGGCCGACAGUAGAAGGCAGGCCAACGUGAGCUCCACAGAUCCAAGUUUCGAGGUGGCUGGUCUCUCUCCGGGCGAGACGUACUCACUGCACGUGUACGCCAUGAACCCGCUGGGAGCGAGCACUCCGCUGACGCUGCUGGCGCGCACCGACGGACAGACCGAUCUGGCGGCAACUGCCACAUCAGCCACCCAGCUGGCCGGGCCGCCGCUGCUGGGCCUGCUGGGACUGCUGCUCCUGCUGGCCGCACUGCUGGCGCUGGCGCGGUGCUGGCGCAGCCGACGAGCUUCAGCCAAGGGCGUCCAGCGAAAUACACCGACCGUUCACACGAUGUCGACAGCGGACGGAUCGGGCCAGAGCGACGAGUGUCCCUGCAGUCCCGACCUGAUACCGGCCACAAAAACAGGAGGUGGAAGGACUGAAGAUGGUCCUGAGACCAUCUCCGACUGGCUGGCCGCCGAGCACCUGCCGUCUCAGCGGAGCCUCGGACCCGGCCCAUUCUCCGCUCAGCAUCAUCCCCCUCUCAGACGGUUUCCGUCGUGUGAGGCGGCCGGGCCCAGCCUCCACCCCUCUCGGGAGGCGCCCAGGCUCGGCCGGUACCCGCCCCCUCCAGGGAGCUUCGGGGACCCUUCGGGGGAGGUGCGGGUUAGCAGUCUCCCGCGGCAGAGCCGUCCUCCGGCGUGGCUCGACCAAGAGAUCUGGCACGAAAGGCCGCACGCUGGCACGGCUGCGAUCCACACGCUAAGGAGGCACCAGGCCGGUCCGUCGCGGCCCGCGCAGAGGCUACAGCGGCAGCCGGGCCCGACACUGAGCCAUAGUCAGCUGACGACGCAGUUCUAGCUUCCGCCGGUCACCUACAGAGGGCAGUGCGGCGCUGCCGGUUUAUACGCUGAGGAAAUAGUGAUCAUUCUCACCUUCAGUGGGCUUCAUCGUCAUCGCAUGUCUUGUGACAUGUCGCCACGGGGUGGAGAGUGUGAGUGGUGACGUUGUGGCAAAGUGAAUGUAUUGAUUGAUCGCAGGCGCAAAAGUAAGAGGAUGAAGCUAUUUAUA